AACCCGUCGCAAGGUCAAGAUCAGUCGGUUAAUCCCGUCCAGUCGACCGAGGGCCUUGCACCUUGCACGACGAGCGAUCUCUCUCUCUCUCUCUACACUUGUUCGCACUCUCGUAUACGUUUACGUGUAAUUUUGCACCGGGUACACGCCGCGGACGUAUUAAUUACGCGUAUUAAUUAACAAGCGACAGCACAGUUCGCGGAGAUUAAUCGGAUCGUCUUUGGAGAACAUUUGGAUCCUGAAGUUUUAAAUGUCAAUCCGUGCCGGGACUUUUCUCAUUAGCAAUGGGCUUCUCGUUCAACACACGGCGUGCUAAGAGAAUCUGAUGUUCUCGUAAAAACAAUAUAAAAUAUCUUCUUAGCGAUUUGUUCAUGUGCAAGCACGGAUGUACUGCAAAUAAUUAUUCAAUCAAGUGAAGAUCGCUGUGGUGAAUUCCCGAAAUACACUCUUCGCGCGGGUCUCUGUUAUGGAAACUUGCGUCUUAAUACCUAAAGAAUUCUCUCUGGUCCUUACCAACGAUCAGUCAUCCUGUAAAAACCUCUAAAAUGACUCGGCUACAUUGGUCACGGAUGUAAGAAUUUCGGUAUGGUCGAAUGUGUUUAUCCCAUCGGGAACUCUGAUUUACCCGUUUCAAGGAUCGAUCAGAUUUGACAAGAUUGACCUUUACUCUCUUCUUGAUGACAAUGACAUCAGACGCGAAUACGGCUGUUACGACGAGGUCUUCUUCUCCAACUACAAUCUUAACAAGCGUCAGUGCAAUUGGAUAAGGUUUCUUCGUAUUGUUCAGUCAUACGAUGAGCAAGUUAAUCUGAUCGGUACAAAGGUGAAGGGUGAACCUAUAUUCGAAGUAAUAAAGGAUGUUCAACCGGACACAGAACUAGUGGCUUGGUUUCUACCAGCAACCCAGCAGGAUUUCGUUAUCAUCUCGCACGACGUGUGCUCCAGAUCGGCUAUCUACAGGUGUACGAUCGACUCUAUCUUAGACGAAUCCCCGUUGGACUUGUCGAUGACAUUACUCGCUCAUCAUUCUCUACCACCGAUAUCACACUCCUAUUACGAGGUGGAUGAAUACGAAUCAACAUCCGAGGAAUCCUCAUCAUCAACCUUGUCGUUGGCCGGUGAUCAUCUCGAUUGCAGCAUCUUGACGACGAUUAAAAGAGGGGAAAGGGUUUUAUUGCCUUGCGAAGUCUGCGGCAAAUCCUUCGACCGGCCAUCUCUUCUGAAACGACAUAUGAGAACACACACAGGAGAGAAACCGCAUGUCUGCAUGGUGUGCAACAAGGGUUUCUCAACCUCGAGCUCGCUGAACACGCAUAAACGCAUCCACAGUGGUGAAAAACCUCAUCAGUGUCUUGUCUGCGGUAAGAAGUUCACAGCCUCGUCGAAUCUCUACUAUCAUCGGAUGACUCAUAUCAAAGAGAAGCCGCACAAAUGUUCGCAAUGUUCAAAAUCAUUUCCUACGCCGGGUGACCUCAAGAGCCACAUGUACGUGCAUAAUGGGCUCUGGCCGUUCAGAUGUCACAUUUGCAGCCGGGGCUUCAGUAAACCGACCAACUUGAAGAAUCACAUGCUGCUUCAUCUAGGCAGAUGCUCCAAUAAAAAGUACAUCAAGUCUAUUUCCGACUUGUGACUGACAUGAAUAUCAAGUUUCGUGAAAGCUUCGUAAAAAAGAUUUAGAAAUUAUUGACGUAGACAGACGUAUACACACACGUAAUGUGCCAUUCUUAGUCAAACAUGUAAUUUGACAAGAAGACAAUCGUACAUAAGCAAUAUUCUCUUGUAUUAUGACUGAUUUAGAUUACUUUAUGUGAAAGCAUACACUUGUUCAAUGAUGUAAAUUUUUUAAGAAAGACUUUUUUAGUUAAAU